GGCACGCACUUUCAGCGCUACCUGCCCGAAAGAUACUCCGUACCCGCGCGCUGAUUAUGAAGGCUGGUUUCGAGUGCUGGUUCGUUCAGGGCUCCCAGUCUCAUUGUUGGGAUCGUCCCAGGGUUAAUUUGGGUAACACGGGACAACAAAGUCGCUUUCAAAAUCAGAAACUGCGAACCCAUGCUCCGCGCAUCCAAAGCAUGAACAGCGAUAAUAGAAUGUUUCCGGAACCAUAGCAACGAAACGCCCAUGCCUAGAGAUCGUGUCUUGGAUCUACUGGCAACGCGGCGGGCUAUUGCUCGCCAAUCACUGCGAUGUUGCAGAGCCUUGCAGAGCUGGUGUGGAGCUGGCAAGGGAUCGCAUGUCGCUGGUCGGCCACUCGAUACUGGCAGUGAGCGGCAAAGAAGAGCAAUGAUAGGGAUGUUCAGAUCGAGAUCGCCUCAACACGACAACUGUGGUGCUCUGUGGUGUCAUAGGUCCAUCACUUGCCAACACGAGGAUUCUAGACGAGGCCUGGAAUCCCUGACCGGAGGCUGGUGGGUCUGUGAAGCCCUGUGGAAGAGGAUCGUCAAGGCGACGGCGUCACUGGUAAUGCCUCAGGAAUUCAAUCGCAGCAGCCACGUUGCGGAAAGCCAAAAGUCAUCGGGCCGGAUGGCGGCACACCAGUGUACUUGUUGGAUUCGAUUGGAGAGAGUCCCUGCAGAUGCGCAGUAUACUACGCAAGUAGCGUUCAUUAGCAUGAAGACUUGCAGAGUGUGAGAGUCUUCACGGUGGCGGGGCAGUGGACUAUCGAUAAGGUCGUCGGUGGUCCGUUCGAUGGCCAGCUCACGUCACGGGACGCUUGGCAUUACCGCCAGUCUUCUCCCGGACUAGCAGAUCUGCCCGAGGCACGCUCAAGCAGCGGUGAGCGACCUGACACUUCCACUGAGACCGUUUGAGUACGUACUCCAUACGACGGAUCCCAUGCGUUUGAGGAGUCCGGCCUGCCA